AUGGGUUUCUGGUUUUUCCGAUGGUUUGACAGGGUCUUCGUCACACCAUUCGGUGAGAUAAUCUACUCACCGUCUCCAGCCCCAACUUCUGCUCCAGUAACACCUCCACCAUCUGGAAAAACUCCUGCUCCACCACCAACUACCACCGAAAAAUCCUUCAUAGUCGCCAUGCUUGUAUGUUUUAUUAUUGUUCUUCUUCUGAUCAUCAGUUCGGCUGGAGGAGUGUUUUUCUACAUGAGGAACAAGAAGAAGAAAGUGGCACCAGGUGCACCGGCAGACUCAUCAUCAGGAACUGUAGAAGUUGAGUCUGGAUCCGUCGUGGGGUUGACAUCAAAGAGCACAACAAAAAGCACAACGAGAAGUGUGAACACUGGAGUCAAAAAGAAGAAAAGCAAAGUGAAGAAAGUUAGUACUGUAGUUGCUGUGGAUUGA